UUUAGACAUCUAAUUUAAUUUUAUGAGUUUUAGAAAAUAUUUACUGCCGUAGUAUUUUUCUAGAACUGUCUGGGGUGAGCGCGGUUCACCCGGCGUAUGUAUAUCUCUAUUGCUUGUGUGGAUGUAUGAUAUGCAUGGUGGAUGAUUGUGGCUAUAGUUUAUUUGAUUAUAAUACGGCCUGCGUGUCGUGCCUUAUCUCAUAAACUCUUGUUGUAAAUCUAUUUCUCUCCCUUACCUCAACCGAGGAUUCUUUUCUUACGUGGUGGUUAGAAGACGAAAAGAUUUGAAGACUGUUUGAAGAAAUCUAAAAGAAUGGAGAUAGCCCGAAGUCCAAGUGACCGGAAGCCAGUGGGAGCUAUCGUUUUAUUUUUCUUUUAGGGGCCACAAUCAUUACACGUUUAUUUACUACGUUUUGUGAAUGCAUGUUGAAUGUAUGUUGAAUGCUAGCAAUUGACAUGUGCGCGGCCAUGUCGAUAGGUGAUAUCGUAAUUAUAAAUCCCUCACGAAUAUUAAGUCUGUCGCCUUCUGACGCCCGGCACCUAUCCGGCUAAUGUGCACUGUCAUGUACUCAGCCUCAGCAGAGCAUAGUACGGUGUAUAUUAAGCUGGUUACGGGAACCGCCAUAGCGUGGUCGCUGUCGAACGUUGGGUUAGACUUAACUGAGUCUCGGUCAAAUGGAUGGACGACUCAGAGGCAGACGUUGGAGACCACCUUUUCUAUAAAUUGGGACCCCCUCUCUUCACUUUUACACACACAAACACAAAUUCCUUCAAUCUCCUUGCAUACUUUAUCCUCUCUAACAUUUUUUUGGAGAUUUCUUCAUCACCAUGGGCAAAGACAAGAGCAGGGCUGCUAACUCCGGGAAAUCGAAGUCUAAAUCCCGGGCACCGUCCACAACCUCCGAAGAACGCCUCUACUACGGCGAUGGGUCGUACCUCUGGUUCGAUUCCGAGGAGGAGCGCACCCGAUUUCUCACCUUUUUCUCUAAACGGGUUGUGGCUCCCCCACGGAACAUCCCGGAGCGCUACCCGGAGUUGGAGGGCUACGACGACCUCAACGCGCAGCUUCAUCAAGCAGGCCUUUGGCCGUUCGUCUCCCGGGCACGCAAGGAGAUCAACCCGGCACUGAUCCGGGCCUUCUACUCCAACCUCCGGCGUGAGGAUGACGUGCUCUACUCGCUCGUCAAGAGCACGCCGAUCGAGCUCACCGUGGAGCAGUUUGGGCGCAUCGCCGGCCUCCCCUUCCAAGGCGAUGAUGUGUCUCACUAUGGUGGAGAGGAUUGGGUGCUCAACAACGAGGGCCUUAUCCUCAACGAGCUUGGCAUCACCGAGCUCAAACGCCAUGCCUCGGGCCGCCCAACCAUCCACUCCGCUAACCCCGAAGGCCGCCUCGACCUCUACAUCGUCUCCCGGAUCAUCAAACCGAGGAAGCACGGCCACACCAUCAUGCACGGUGAAGACCUCAAGCUCAUCCAUGCGAUCAUGCAUUCGGCCCCAAUCAAUUGGGCAAAGUUUGUCAUGAUCAACAUGACGAUCGCCGCGUCCACCGACCACGAUCACCUUCUCCCGUACCCAUUUUUGGUGAUGGACAUCCUUGAACGGUUCAAGCGGUCGGACAACGCCGCAGCUGCCACUGCCGCGCCACGCCGCAGUGCCUCUGCCGCUGGCCCAGCCGAAUCCCAGGCCCGGGCCAACCUUGCCUCCAUCGCCGACUCCCUCAACCGGCUCCACCUCAAGGUUGACGGGAUGGGGAGCUAUCUUGAACGGCUCGACGUGGCUGUUCAACGCCAAGGAUACGCGAUGAACUCGUACUUCCAAGGCAUCAACUACGUCCCCCCACCGUACCACAGCACGUUCUUUGGGCAAGUGUACGGUGACGAAGACGAAGCCGAUGGCUCAUACGCCCCGUCAAGCUCCCCGGAGGAAGACGAGUUCGACGAUGCCAUCGAUGGGGAUGAGAUGGACGUCGACGACGACGAGGAGGAACCCGAAGACGAAGACUAGGACUCCCCUAGAAUUUCUAUCUCUUUUACUUUAAUGCUUCCGUUGUACUCCGUUAUUUCCCUUUAUUAAAUAAAAUCAAUUUCAUUUA